GCGGAGUGUCCGCGGCGCCGGGCCGGGAGCGCAGCGCAGCGCAGCGGCGCCCGCGGAGCGGCCGAGAGGACGGGCCGGGCUCGGAGCCGCCCCUGCUGCCCGCGCGCGCCCCCCCAUGAGCGCGGCCCCGCGGGGCCCGUAGCGGCGGGCGCCCCAUGCUGCUGCAGCCCGCGCCGGGCGCCCCGAGCGCGGGCUUCCCGCGGCCGCCGGCCCCGGGCGCCAUGCCCGGCGCGCACCGGGACACCACGUUCACCAAGAUCUUCGUGGGCGGCCUGCCCUACCACACCACCGACGCCUCGCUCAGGAAGUACUUCGAGGGCUUCGGGGACAUCGAGGAGGCCGUGGUCAUCACCGACCGCCAGACCGGCAAGUCCCGCGGCUACGGCUUCGUGACUAUGGUGGACCGGGCGGCGGCUGAGAGGGCUUGCAAAGACCCGAACCCCAACAUCGACGGCCGCAAGGCCAACGUGAACCUGGCUUAUCUGGGCGCCAAGCCGCGGAGCCUGCAGACGGGCUUUGCUGUCGGUGUGCAGCAGCUGCACCCCACCUUAAUCCAGCGGACUUAUGGGCUGACUCCCCACUACAUCUACCCACAAGCCAUCGUGCAGCCCAGCGUGGUGAUCCCGGCCACCCCAGUCCCGUCACUGUCCUCGCCUUACAUUGAGUACCCGCCGGCCAACCCGGCCUACGCCCAGUACCCGCCGGCCGCCUACGAGCCGUACCCGUACGCCGCCUCGCCCGCCAGCGCCGCCAGCUUCGUGGGCUACGGCUACCCGGCCGCCCUGCCCCAGGCCCUGCCCGCCGCGGCCCCCACGGGCGCCACCCUCGUGCAGUACCAGCCUCCUCAGCUGCAGCCCGACAGGAUGCAGUGAGGCGUGGCCGCCGGGUGCAGGGCCCGGAGAGCCUCUCGCUCUAGGACUCGCCGCGUGGAGGGGCUGGGAGCC